AUGCCAUACAAUCUCAAGGGGAAGAAUGUGCUCGUCACGGCAGGCUCAAGGGGUUUGGGCGCCGUGAUAUGCGGGAAGUUCGCAGCUGAGGGGUGCAAUGUAGCCAUUAACUACCACUCGAGCCGUGAGGUUGCGGAAGACCUUGCCGGUCGAUUAGCUAAAGAGUACUCUAUCAAGUGCAUUGUUCUGCAAGGGGACUCUGAACUCCCAGAGGACAAUCAGCGCAUUGUUCAAGAGACGAAUGAGCAAUUAUCCGGCUUGGACAUCAUUAUUGCAAAUGCUGGGUGGACUCGAUUCGCUAAUAGACGAGACAUUUAUGACCUGUCUUUCGAGGAAUGGGACAAGGCAAGAUACAGCCUGGCUGUCCUUGUCGAGAUGCUAAUGCCGAUAUUCGAGAAGAAUGCGGACGGUGGUGUUUAUAUAAUGACCUCGUCCAUCGCGGGUAUCACUCCAGAUGGAAGCAGCAUGGGCUACUCGGUGACCAAAGCCGCUGCUCUGCACCUCAUGAAGCAUCUUGCGUUGUCCGUGGGAUCAAAAAUCCGUGUCAAUGCCGUUUUACCCGGGCUGUUGUUGACCGAUUGGGGUAAAAAGUACGGCGAGACGGCGAUCGAGUGGCUCAAUCAAAAGGCCAUCUUAAAACAAGAGACCGACCUGGAGGAUUGCGCGAAUAUGUUCGUGACUUUGGCAAAGAAUACCUCCAUGACUGGGCAGCAGAUUGUCGUUGUAGUCCUCCCCGCAAUGCUCUCCUCGGCUCUCUACGCAGGGUUGCUCUGCUCCCUCGCAGCCCCAGCCCUUGGUGUGGUGCACGAGAAACUCUCAGCUGUUCCCAGUGGCUGGACGCUCGUUGAGGAUGCAUCGGAGAGCGACACAAUCACCCUCUCAGUUGCCCUUGCUCGGCAGAACCUCGAUCAGCUCGAGUCCAAGUUGACGACACUGGCGACCCCAGGGAACGCUGAGUACGGUCAAUGGCUGGAUCAGUCCGACAUUGAGUCACUGUUCCCUACUGCAAGUGAUGAUGCUGUUAUCCAAUGGCUGAACGAGGCUGAUAUUACUCAAGUGUCUCGUCAGGGCAGCUUGGUAAACUUUGCCACCACAGUGGGAACGGCGAACAAGCUCUUUGACACCAAGUUCUCCUACUACCGCAAUGGUGCUUCCCAGAAAUUGCGUACCACGCAGUACUCCAUUCCCGACAGCCUGACUGACUCGAUCGAUCUCAUUGCCCCCACUGUCUUCUUUGGCAAGGAGCAAGACAGCACACUGCCGGCUCACGCAGUAAAGCUUCCAACCCUUCCCAGGAGGGUAGCCACCAACAGCUCUUGCGCGAACCUCAUCACUCCCGAUUGCCUGGUGGAGAUGUACAACCUGGGCGACUACAAGCCUGAUGCAUCUUCAGGCAGUCGAAUCGGCUUUGGUAGCUUCUUGAACGAGUCCGCCAACUAUGCCGACUUGGCUGCUUAUGAACAACUGUUCAACAUCCCAUCCCAGAACUUCUCUGUCGAACUGAUCAAUGGAGGUGUCAAUGAUCAGAAUUGGGCCACUGCUUCCCUUGGAGAGGCCAAUCUGGACGUGGAGUUGAUCGUGGCCGUUAGCCACCCCCUGCCAGUCGUGGAGUUUAUCACUGGCGGUUCACCUCCGUUUGUUCCCAAUGUCGAUGAGCCAACCGCUGCGGACAACCAGAAUGAGCCCUACCUCGAGUACUAUGAGUACUUGCUCUCCAAACCCAACUCCGAUCUUCCACAGGUGAUUUCCAACUCGUAUGGUGACGACGAACAGACUGUUCCCGAGUACUACGCCAGAAGAGUGUGCAACCUCAUCGGCUUGAUGGGUCUUCGUGGUAUCACUGUGCUCGAGUCCUCUGGUGACACCGGAAUCGGCUCGGCGUGCAUGUCCAAUGACGGCACCAACACUCCCCAGUUCACUCCCACCUUCCCUGGCACCUGCCCCUUCAUCACCUCGGUUGGUGGUACCCAGUCCUAUGCUCCUGAAGUUGCCUGGGAUGGCAGCUCGGGUGGAUUCAGCAACUACUUCAGCCGUCCCUGGUACCAGCAAUCUGCGGUGAAGAACUACCUCAACCACCACAUUACCAAGGAUACCCAGGAAUACUACUCUCAGUACACCAACUUCAAGGGCCGUGGAUUCCCUGACGUUUCCGCCCAUAGCUUGACUCCUUACUACGAGGUCGUUUUAACCGGCAAACAUUACAAGUCCGGUGGCACAUCCGCUGCCUGCCCCGUCUUUGCCGGUAUUGUCGGUUUGUUGAACGACGCCCGUCUGCGCGCCGGCAAGUCCACCCUUGGCUUCCUGAACCCAUUGCUCUACAGCGAGCUGGCAGAAGGAUUCACCGACAUCACUGCCGGAGCCUCGGUCGGUUGUGAUGGUAUCAACCCACAGACCGGCAACCCAGUUCCCGGUGGUGGUAUCAUCCCCUACGCUCACUGGAACGCUACUGCUGGCUGGGAUCCUGUCACUGGUCUCGGUGUUCCUGAUUUCAUGAAGUUGAAGGAUUUGGUCUUGUCCUUGUAA